GAAGCUCCUGACAAGAUACGCAAUGAUUGUGCGCACAAAUAAAUGUCAUUGUCAAUGUUUUUGACAUUUAAGUUAGCUCUGAAAUAAAUAUGGUGUCCUGUAAAGGAAGAUAAUGGUGUUUUAGAUAAGAUAAAACAUUUUGUUUGUGCUCACCAAAUAAAUUAAAAACAAAAUAUUACCAAUAUGUCUGGAUUUGACGAAAAUCCUUUUGGGGAACCCACUAUCGACAACCCUUUUGCAGAUCCUUCUGUUCAACAAGUUGCCAGAAGUGCGAGUGCCCAACUGAAGGUGGAUGAUUACAAUCCAUUUGAUAACCAAGCACAAAAUCAAACACCGAUGAGCUAUGGCCAAAGCAAUACUGGCCCAGCAAUUAUGCAGCCUACUCAAGAACCACCAGCAUACACCAAAAGUGGUCAACAACAAGCCCAAAAUAUAUCAAAACCCACUUUAGACACAGCUGAACUUCAGAGAAGACAAGAGGAAUUAGAAAGAAAAGAACAAGAAUUGGCUCGAAGAGAAGAGGAAAUGAGAAAUUCCACAUAUAAUGUAAGGCGUAAUAAUUGGCCACCAUUGCCUGAACAAUGCUGCUUUCAACCUUGUUUUUACCAGGAUAUCCAAGUCGACAUUCCUUUAGAAUUUCAAAAAAUUGUAAAAAAUCUUUACUACCUUUGGAUAUAUCAUGGAGCCUUGAUGAUUGUAAAUGUUAUUGGUGGAAUAAUUCUAGAAAAUGUUACUAUUGUCGGAUUGGGGAUAUUGUACCUUUUAUUAUUUACCCCAUUCGGAUAUUUAUGUUGGUUUAGACCUGCAUACAAAGCUUUCAGAUCAGAUUCAUCUUUCAACUUUAUGGUGUUUUUCUUCAUAUUUUUCUUUCAAUUUGUUAUUACUACUAUUCAAUUUAUUGGUAUUCCUAGUUCGGGCACUAUAGGAAUUAUUACCGCUCUUUCAACGUUUGGAAAGACAGCUUGGAGUAUUUUUAGUGGAAUAAUUGCAUUGAUUAUUGCCAUUGGAUUUGGAUUUGCAGCAGCAGCUGAUUUAUUUUUGAUUUCUAAGAUCCACCGCAUGUAUAGAAGUACGGGAGCUAGUUUGGCAAAAGCUCAGCAAGAAUUCACUACAGAGUUUUUCCGCAGUCAACACGUUCGUAACGCCGCCAGCAAUGUAGCAGCGGCUGCCGUUAAUUCUCAAUUAAACCAAAAUCAAAAUAACCCCAGAUACUAGUUUUAUUGACUAUAUAUUAUUCCAUUUAAUAUUCAAAUCUGAAAGACUUUUGUUGAUUGUUGAAAUUGUGAAAGAAUAUCAUUAUUAAUCAAAAUAUUUAUAUAAACAUAUAAAGACAACAAAUUUUACUUCUUCCAAUUCUAAAUAAACACACUAUGUUUGGGUUCAAUAUUAAUAUUUGCAAAAUAUUCAGUAACUGCUUAUUGAUAUGAAAUUUAAUUAUAAUUUAAUGUUUCAUUAUUCUUCAUAAAUGUUUUGCUAAAAAUACUUGAUGGUUCUUCCAUUUCCUGGUCAAAUUUUUCCACCGUCCAAAAUUUUCUUAUGAGCUUAUUAAGUACACGUACAUAAUUUUUAUUUUAAUUGAAUUAGUCGUCUUGUUACUUGAUUCCUUCAAUUCAUUUCAGUUAGUUGAAAUUAUAUAAAUUUCAAUCUUCUGUUCCUAUAAGCAGUUCUCCUAUAUAGAGUUGCAAUAUUGAAAUGUGAACCUGUACACCUGAUGACGAGUUUUAAUAUAUUUUAUAUACAUCAGUGUCAGGUGUUGACCAGAGGCUGAUCUAGCAGUCAUGAAUUAUAAAUUUUGAGUACCACUUUGAAUAAUAAACAUUGUGGGCGUCCCUAGGCAAGUGCCUAGUUUGCAUUAGCGAUAAUCCGCCUCUGGUGUUGGCCAAUAUUUUUGUUAGACAACGAUUUUAAUUUGUAGAUAUUUUGACAUAUAUAAGACAGUUUGUUACAAUCCUUGUCAAUUAUUAAUAUAAAAUUGACAUUUUAUUGUUAAACUUCACAAUAAGAAUUAGUGUCUUUUGGACAAAUUUUCAUUUAAUUCGUCACAAAAAUUUUCUUCCAAUGCGCUACUAUUAAUAGCUUUGCUAAAUUUCAGAACCAAUGAAAUUGUUAAGACUUUUUUUUCCGUAAAUAGCUUCUUUUCAAAAAGUUUUUAUUGCGAUUUACUAACUUGUCAAAAACUUUCAUUCAAUUAGAAAUCCGUUUCUUAGUAUUUUUCUGAUGAAGAUUACUAUUUAAAUUUCACAUUUCUCUCUAUUUUUACCAGAUUAAAUCUGAUUAUAUAUUUUAUGUGACAAUUUGACAUUCAUUGAUGUAGCUAUUUCUUAUUAGCAAAUUUGAUUACAUUGAUAAAUUUUAUUUGAAGCAGUAUUCCAUAUUGUUACCUGCUAAUAAUUCCAUUUGAAACACUAUCCAUUCGUACUCAUGGUAAGUGACAUUGAUUAUGGCUAAUUUAAUGUAAAUUAUUCAAAACUUAAAAUCGAUUUCAACCCUCUGUCGUUGGUCACGUUAUUUUUCUCGUCUUUGUUCCAUGACAAAGUGAGAGAAGUAAAUAUAUUGUAUUACCCCAAACAAAUCAUUCCUAAAACAACCAUAAUUUCAUUCUUCGCUCCCAUUUACACUCCUUAAAAAAACUACUUAAACUUACUAUUUAUAGGACUUGGUUGAGAAUGUAUUACCUUGACACAAUGUUACUGACUCUGGCGAGUUUGGAGAGAUGGCGGGGGAUAUCCUCCUUGGAAAGUAUUAUAUUGUUGGUGUCAGAAUGUUCUAGAUGAAAAAACUAUAUGUGUGAUCUUUUGGACAGUUCGACCGACGACGGCCGUUUGAUAUGGUUAUUGGAAGUUUCUGUACAUACUGUCACAAAUAAAGAAUAUUCAAACAAUGCCCUCAAUUAUAAGCUUCAAUGGAUAUUUUUGUAUCGUUUAUGUAGCUUGUACUUAACAUCCUAAUUUUGAUCAUCAGGUAUUUUUCUAUAGUUGUAUUUGUCUGUGUUAUUGUAUUUAUUGGAAUGAUCAUAAGAUUAAAUAUAAUUUGCGGCAGUACUAAUGUUUAAAUACCUAUAUCGUUUUGCUUACUAGCUGUAUAUUUAUUACUUAUGAUCAAAAUUUUUACGUAAAAUUCAGCACUCUGGUUUAUUUAUUAUUAUAGUUUCGUAAUUUUUUCCUUUUUGUAAGUAAUAAUAGAUAUUGUAAAUUGAAUAAUAAAAAUGAAGUUACAA